AUGGCAAGUCCAAGAACAAGGAAGGUCCUUAAAGAAGUGAGAGUGCAAGAUGAAAACAAUGUUUGUUUUGAGUGUGGUGCAUUUAAUCCUCAGUGGGUGAGUGUGACCUAUGGAAUUUGGAUCUGUCUGGAGUGCUCAGGAAAACACAGAGGCUUGGGGGUUCAUUUGAGUUUUGUGCGCUCUGUUACAAUGGACAAAUGGAAAGACAUUGAACUGGAGAAAAUGAAGGCUGGUGGUAACCUUAAAUUCCGGGAGUUUUUAGAGUCUCAAGAUGAUUAUGAUCCUUGCUGGUCAUUGCAAGAGAAGUACAACAGCAAAGCUGCAGCCCUCUUCAGAGAUAAGGUGGCCAUGUUGGCUGAAGGUAAAGAAUGGUCUAUUGAAACAUCUGCUGCUCGCAACUGGAGUCCUCCACAGCCCAAAGUUGCUUUGUCCUCAGCUCAUCGAAGCUCUAUGGGGCAACCGCAAAAUGCUGGUACCACUUCUGAUAAAGCAUUUGAAGACUGGUUAAAUGAUGAAGUUGGUUCCUAUCAAAGCGGCCAAGAGAAUCGCUAUGUGGGGUUUGGGAACACAGUUACUCCUCCAAAAAAGGAAGACGACUUCCUCAAUAAUGCCAUGUCCUCUCUCUAUUCAGGCUGGAGUAGUUUUACAUCUGGAGCAAGCAAGUUCGCUUCUGCAGCUAAAGAGGGUGCUACCAAGUUUGGAUCUCAGGCAACUCAAAAGGCUUCAGAGUUAGGUCAAAGUUUAAAUGAAAAUGUUCUCAAACCUGCACAGGAAAAGGUGAAAGAUGGGAAAAUUCUGGAUGAUGUUUCCCAGGGAGUCUCGCAUUUUGCUUCCAAGGUCCAGGGAGUAAGUACUAAAGGCUGGCGAGAUGUGACCACUUUUUUUUCUGGAAAAGCAGAUGGGCCUUCCGAAAGGCCUCCUGAGGGAGAGAGCUACCAAAACAGUAAAAGUGAUGGCUACCAGAACAGCAUUGUGGAUCAAAGUUUUUGGGAGACCUUUGGCAACUCAGAUCCGCCAAAAACCCACAAGUCCCCAAGCAGUGAAAGCUGGACGUACGUGGACAAUUCUACUGAGAAGAAAAGCUCCGAUAGCUGGGAUGUUUGGGGGUCAGGUACCGUUUCCAAUAACAAGAACAGUAAUGGUGACAGCUGGGAAAACUGGGAGACCAACUGGGAGAAUGCAGCAGGGGAGGGCAAAGCCAAAAAGACUUCCAAGAAGACCACAAAAGAAUCCUCUUCAGCUGCUGAAGAUGAAUGGGACAAUCACAACUGGUAGGACUCAUUCCCUAACCAGCACAGCAGAAGAAAAAAAAUCACACCUCUAAUGGAAGAAUCUCCCACCUCACUGGACUAACGUCAUUUGGGGAGCCUGUUCAAACCUCAUGCUCACUGUUCCAUUCUCUUUCCACUUCCUGUUUACAACCUCCACAACAAGAACAUUGGUUUGCAGAUUCUUGUAAUUACCAUAUGAAGAUCCAGUCAUUUCAUGGAAAUGAUCGUUGCAUUAGAUAUAUUCUCAUUGUGCUGCUGUCCUUGUGGGGUUUGCCAACUUCCUUAAAUCAAGAGUUUGGAGGAAGCAAGUCCAUGCAAGCAUACUAUCCUAGCACAACACUGCAUGUGUAGUCUGGCAUAGUUGCCCAACUUCUCUUUGGGACUUCAGCUGAUGUUUUGGAGGACUUUUGGAUAGUCUGGUAUGGGGGUAUCUUCAGCCAAUUAACAUUUUGUGACUGAGAUGGGAUGGCUUUGAAUCAAGCCAAAAUACUAUUUAAGAUAUUGUAGAAGCAGUUCUUAGAUUGUUUAUUUGAGGGUGUUUAUUUUUUAAAGAAGCUCUCAGCUUGAUAACUUCAGUUCUCUUUCUUAGAAGGAAACAAACUGAGCUUUUCUAAAAGCUUUUCUGAAAAUUCCUGUUCUUGUCUUUGGUUGCUUUUCAAUAGGCGUGUAUAAGAUUCCUCAUCCUUUUUUUUCCUUUAUCCAUUAAAUUAAAUCUUCCAUAUUCUUUUCCUCCAUCUAAGGUUCCAUAUGCUCCUCAAUUUUAGCAAAAUUGCUAGAUAUAAACCAUGAUGGAAAGAUAGACAAGAUAGGUGACAGUUUCAAUACAGAACGUGCAGAGGUCAGAAGCAAACGUCUUUCUAACUAAACAAAAGCAAAUACUAAUUUGGUACUUCGCACUUAAAGGAAAUUUAUAAGAUUCCAUAUUAGAUUUCCAACUUCCUCUUUCCCUUCCCCUCCUCCCUCCGUGCCCGGAAGGAAACUAGUGAAGAGUAAUCAGAUUACAAUUUUAUCAUUUUGAACUAUACUGCAUGAGUUUGGAAAAAGAAUUCCAGUAUCCUUUUCUACAAGGUAAUAUGUCAAGUCUGUUUCCGGUGCUUGUGAUCAGUAGAUUGUUUUUUGUAAUCUCUGUAUGUUUAAAUACUAUAGCACAGUGUUAGACUGCUAAGAUGUGGAACACACUGAAUCAUGCUAAAAUUGGCUGAAGUCCAGAAUGGAUGUCAAAAUGAGACUUUUCAGGAACCAGUAUGAAAAUCUUGUUUGCAGAACCUGUGUUUCUUUAUCCAAGAAAACCUUUGGAUUGACUAAUGAACUGUGUGACGUCUGAUGAGCCUUGAUACAGACUUCCAGUUUCUCAGAAUUUAGCUAAAGUUGUCUGCUGUAUAUAACUGUGUGUGUGUAUCAGUGCACACAGAUACACACACAUCCAGAUCAUGAAGUAUUAACAGUUUCCUACAAUUUUUAUGUAUUGUUCAAUAUGUCAGUAUCUACCUUGUGAAGAAAUAUGAAGUCCUUGGGCUGUUGUGUGGUACUUUUCACUCGUUUUUCAAAUUACUAGCCAAACAUUUCCUCUUUCUCGUUAAUUUUGCUUCACCAUCUCAGUGGUUGCUCGCCUUCUGCUCUUCUAAUCAGACUAUGGUGGCAAUGGUUAGGUGAUCUGUGCCUGUCCUUCAAGAAGGUGUUUUCUUUUUUGCCAAACUUCUGAGAUUUUGUGACCUCACAAAAACUGCACCUUACUUAAAAAAAAAAAAAAAAAGAAUGUCUCAGCAUAGAGUUAAUUUUGCUAUUUCUUUUGCUGAUGCAUCCAUUUUUCCCAAUGGCAUGAAUUUUUCCAUGUGAGUUUUUACGUUUCUCAUUUCCUACUCCCCAGAUCACUGCAUAGAAACUUAAUUGUAUAUUUUGCAUGUAAACUAGCAUCAGCGUCUAUCUAAUUUUGCUUAUCUGAUCUGUUCAGAACAUGUGCUGUUUAAAUCUUUGCUGCAUUUAACUGUGAAAUUCAAGGAGAGGGGAGCAUAUUUGAACUCUGUGUCUACAUUAAUGUAUUUUUUGCCUCAUUGCAAUUUUUACCAUCUCCUAAACUCCUCAUAUAAGAAUAUGUUUAUUUUUAAAGCAGCCUUUCCAUUUUUUUAUCCAAAGGUAGGGUUGAUUUUUUUUCUCAAAUUAUAUCUUUUCAGACUACAAUCUCUUCCCUUUGAGAAUCACCUCUUUGCCUUUCCAAUUUUUAAAUGAGAUCAUGGUACUGCUGUCACCUUAGUAAAAAUUAUACAGAGUGAGGAACGCAAGUAUCAAACACCAAGAUGACUCUAAAAAUCAUGAUCUUACCUUGGUGAUGAAGAAGGUAGCACACAGUUCACCGUUACAGCUAGCGUGGGCAUUUCUCAGUUUUGCAUUGCUACCUCUAUGGAAGAAAAGAUACUUCUCUUGAUCUCACAGAUGUAUUACAGGUUUGCAAGUAGCUUUUUUUCUUGGCUACCUAUUAUAGAAACACUUUUAUGAACAAAAUCUUUAAGAAAAGGGGUUACAAACGGAUAAAUAGGAGAUCACAGUUGUCAUAGUUCAUGUUUAAUUGUAUGGUAUUCCCCAAGUGGCCUACACAACCAGGUGGCUUAUGUAUUUGAACCUAUCUUUUUCUUGACGUUAUAGGAGGAGAGCCAUGUUAGUCUAUGGUAGCAAAAAAAAAAUCAGGAGUCUGAUCUUUUUUCUUGUAAUUCCAUAGUAAGAAAACAACUUAAGUCAGAUCGGCUGUCCUUGAGUUAGAAAAAUAAAGGCUGAAAAGCCCUUCUGCAUGAUUGGGGAUUUAUAUCUGCAGUUUAGUAAUGAAACUGAUUCAGCUUUUCCCAGCUAUCCAUUGUUGGUUGGGCUGUUGUGGGCACUGGUUUAACUCAGCUAGAAGGCAUUAAGUUAUGGAAGGCUGCUGUUGAAGUUGGCUGAAACCAAAACUAUCAUCAGGAUGUUUCCGAACUGUUUCUUACAUUGCACAUUGCUAAAAAUGCAACCGUGUACAUAGAGUGCUAGAGUUAAUGACUUGAGAUCUCUUGCUGUACAGUCUUGCUGCAAUCUCUGAUUUCCCCAAAACCCCCACCUUUCCCUGGCGUUCCAUGGUUGGCAUUUGUAUGUAUUGGUGUAGUAAUUUGUGCAAUAACUUAAAAUGUCAGGUGAACCUCCUCUUAAUUUAAUCCCAAAAACAAGAUAUAGAAGUGCAGUCUUCCAGCAGGUGACCACACCUGUUGACCUUCUCUGUUCUGGGAAGCUAAGCAGGGUCAUGCCUGAUCAGUACUUGGAUGGGAGAUCUCCAGGGAAUAUCAGGGCUGUAGGCUAGUUUGGGAAGUCAGAAAAGCUUCCUGAAAGAACAGUGGCAAACCUUUUAUUUUCUGAACUAAGGUUUAAAGGAAUGGAAAUGAUAGGCCUGUAGCAGUGGAAGAUACAGGAUGUUAAAGGGUCAAGGCUUUGAGAAAUGUAACUGGAUUCUUAACCUUCUUCCUCUCCUUUCUCAGUUGGAAUAACUGGUCAGUGGAUUUUUUUCUUUUUCAGAGGAAGUUGGGUUGUGGGAUAUGAGAUUCUUUCAGUUUCCUACUGUACAUUUUUAACAGUUCACAAGAACUAUGAGCUAUAUUCCUUGUUUUGUAAAAUGGUACUGAAUUUGAACCUACCGUGUCAUCUCAGAAUGAAACAAUAAAGUAAGAGAAAUGGAACAAAGCAGUCCAGCAUCCUAAAAAGUGACUUAACUUUGCAUUGACAUUUAUGUUUGCAUUCUGGACAAAAAUAUGAGUUGCAUCAGCUAGAGCUUUCUGUUUGAUUUGCUUGUUUGUUUUUGUUUUCAGAGAACAUACCUCUAAGAUACCUUAACAUUAGUAAAUGCAGAAGACCUGAAGAGGAAGGCUUAUUCUCCAAUAAAACAACUGUCUUGGAUGGAAAAAAUAACCCUCAAAACAAUUGCACAACAUACAGCAUUUGCUGUAUGCCAAGAUGAGUCCAAUCGUGAGUGCAAGCAGGUUGGAAGAUUUUGCAGGCAAUAGGCUGAAAAGAGUUUUAAAGAUCAGCUUACAAAGAGAGUCUGUAAUGGGUAUGACCAAGUUCAUCCAAGUAAAAAAAGUCACAGGCUGAUAGUACGCAACCCACUUUCAGAUACUAUUGACAGUCUUUAAA